GGCUACUAAGUUCCCGUAGAGUGUAAAAAACUCACAUUUUGUAUUCGUGUCCAACCAUCUAAAAUGCUUGUUUAACUUGUACAUAAAUUUAUUUUUAUAAGGAUGAAAAAAUGGGUAGCCCUUCUCGGCGGGGCUAUGUUUUGUGUUUUGUUUUUCUCAAUGUACAUGGUAGUAGAUCAACUAGGCAAGACACCGAAUUACCAAGAAGUCUUCAAUAACCAAAUUAAUAAACAUCUUAAACUUCCAAUAGAUCAAUUAGAAAAUGAUAUGAAUCAGCUAGAAGGCAACUUGCGAAUAUCAGGAAAAGUCAUCAACAGACUUCAAGUUGCUGUUGGAAAUAUUGGGAAUGGAAGAACAAUUAGUAAUUUUACAGUUGAGAUGCCAAACAUACCGGGAAAAAACAUUUUUAAAACUACACCAAACUUAAGAACUCACAAACCUACACAUAAACAAGAUGGGGGAAAGCAAGCAGAUAUUGUAAAGUCGGAUGAUGGUUGUAGCUUUUCAAGGGCAAAGUCUUGGCAAGGAGCUGAUGUUAAGAUGCUUGACAUGAUGGAUGUGAUGCCGUUUAAUAAUCCUGAUGGCGGGGCAUGGAAGCAGGGAUGGGAUAUCAAGUAUAGUGAGGAGUCUUUCAGGGAGGACCCCCUUCAGGUGUUUGUGGUGCCGCAUUCACACAAUGACCCAGGCUGGAUCAAGUCUCUUGACCAGUAUUAUCAGACACAGACUCGUCACAUCCUGGACAACAUGGUAGAUUUUCUAGCUGAACACAAAGACAUGAAGUUCAUCUGGGCAGAGAUCUCAUAUUUUUCCAUGUGGUGGAAGGAUGCUGAUCCACAUAGAAAGAAGCAGGCAUUGAGUCAAAUCAAGAGUGGACAGAUGGAACUAGUGACUGGAGGGUGGGUGAUGAAUGAUGAAGCCAACCCCCACUUCUACUCCAUGCUAGACCAACUGAUCGAAGGUCAUCAGUGGAUCAAAAAUCAUCUUGGCCCAGACAUCAAGCCUGUAUCCGGCUGGGCUAUUGAUCCAUUUGGCCACACUUCAACCAUGCCAUACUUGCUGCGACGCAUUGGCUUCCACAGCAUGUUGAUACAGCGCACCCAUUACCAGGUCAAGAAGCACCUUGCCAGGGAGACUAACCUGGAAUUUAUGUGGAGGCAAAUCUGGGAUCAUGGAUCCAGUACUGAUAUUCUGUGCCAUAUGAUGCCCUUCUACAGCUAUGAUGUACCACACACAUGUGGCCCAGAUCCAAAGAUUUGUUGCCAGUUUGACUUUCGUCGCUUGCCAGGUGGGCGUGUCACAUGCCCUUGGCGUAUCCCUCCAGUCCCCAUCACUGAGCAGAAUGUGGCAGAAAGGGCAGCUAUGCUGUUAGAUCAAUACAAGAAGAAGGCAAAACUCUACAAAACCAAUGUGGUGUUGAUCCCAUUAGGAGAUGACUUCAGAUAUGAUCUAAAGAUGGAGCCUGCUGCACAAUACGACAAUUAUCAGAAAAUAUUUAACUACAUCAACUCUCAUCCAGAAAUGCAUGCACAGGCACAAUUUGGUACCCUAAAAGAUUACUUCCAGGCAAUUUACCAGAAGACAGGUACAAAUCCAGGAGAGAGGCCACCUAACUUUGUCUCCCUGAGCGGAGAUUUUUACACAUAUGCAGACAGAGAUGACCAUUACUGGAGUGGCUAUUACACCUCAAGGCCCUAUUACAAGAACUUGGACAGAGUUAUGGAAGCACACCACAGGGGUGCAGAGAUGUUGUUCUACCUUGCCCACUCUCAUGCCAAGCGAGCGGGAGUGACACACUAUCCUGCAGACAAGCUAUCACAAUUGCUGACAAAUGCCAGGCGUAACAUGGGAUUGUUCCAGCAUCAUGACGCCAUCACUGGCACAGCAAAAGACUUUGUCGUAGUUGACUAUGGCAACAGACUGCACAGGUCACUUCAGGAUAUGCAGAAUGUCAUGCAGGAGUGUAUGCAGUUUCUCCUAUCGCCAAAUAAAGCACAAGAACCAAAACACAUCCUUAAGCCGGGAGAGGACAGAUCUGCCCAAGAUGCUAACCCGAUCAAAGAGGUCAUCAUCUUGUCUUCCUCUCCAAGGAGCGUGUAUGUCUACAAUUCCUUGCCAGAGCAGAGGGAGCAAGUCGUCAGUCUUUUCGUCUCUGACCCACUUGUUACGGUCAGAGACAGUAGUGGGGAUGUUGUUAUCAGUCAAACAAACUUGGUAUGGGAUGCAAGGAACAAGAUUUCAUCAGUGAAAUAUGAGCUUCUAUUCGUCGCGAGUGUGCCACCAUUAGGUGUCGCGGUCUUCAAGGUCAAACUCGGCUCAGUGUCAGAUGCUCAUAACAGACCCUCCAGAGUGACCUCCUAUACACGAGAUACCCUGGAUAAGCCAACCUCAGAGCACUUUAACAUCGAGCUGCAGGCUCCCGGCUCCGAGGUGCUAACGAUGAAUAACCACCUCAUCUCCGCUGAAUUCGAUAGUACCACAGGCAUGCUGAAGAGUAUCACAACAAAAGCUGACGGGUCCCGCGUGAAUGUUGACCUCGAGUUUAUGACGUAUGGAACCAAGUCGUACGGUGAUCGCAGCGGCGCUUACCUCUUUUUACCGGACGGGCCGGCCAAGCCCCACACGGUCCCUGCUCACACUACAGUGUUCUUCACCUCGGGCAAAGUGAUGCAAGAAGUACGAGUAGUAUUACCGAAUGUUGUGCAUGUUGUGCGGCUUUACCGCACGGAUGGGCCUGAGGGUCACUCUCUCGACAUUCAGAACACAGUUGACGUCCGGAGUAUGAACAACAAGGAAUUUGUGAUGCGGCUAAGAACAGACAUUCAAAACAAAAACCGAGAAUUCUACAGUGACCUCAAUGGCUUCAGUUAUCAAAGGCGCCGCACACUUGACAAGCUGCCUAUUCAGGCGAAUUUCUACCCGAUGCCGACCAUGGCUUUCCUCGAGGACAGCAACCACAGGCUUUCCCUGCUCUCAGCCCAACCAAACGGCGUGGCGGGACUACAGACAGGUAUGCUGGAGGUAGUGAUGGAUCGCCGUUUGCUACAAGACGACAACCGAGGCCUUGGUCAAGGGGUCACCGAUAACAAAGAGACGCCAUCACAUUUCCGUCUCGUACUGGAGCGAUUCCAAACCCCAACACAACAGAAUAAACGCCCAGAUCUCGCCUUCCCGUCCCUGCUUACCCACCUCUUGUCCCAGCACCUCUUGCAUCCUCAGUUCAUCUUCCUGGCCAAACCCGACGCCGAGGAUACUGCCACAAGCCUGUCGCCUGGCUUCACAGGUCUGCAGUCCCCGCUGCCGUGCGACGUGUCCCUCCUGAUGCUUCGCUCAGUGCUUGAAGGCGAGGAGGAGAAGCCAUCGGGCGAGGCUCUGAUGGUGUUGCACAGGAGAGGAUACGAGUGUGGCUUGUCUAGCAGCUGUAUAAAGGACGCUAGUGGCGGCAAGCUAAAGCUCGGUGAGCUAUUUAAGGAUCUCCCGAUGUCUCAAGCCACCCGGACAUCCCUCUCCAUGCUGUACGACCAAGGUGUACAGGACCCCACCACGCCCAUCUCUCUUGACCCCAUGGAGCUGCACUCAUAUCGAGUCAAGCUCAGCUGAGAGGGGUACUCAGGCGGGCCGGCACCUUGACUGUUGGCUGGACACGAGAUGAUAAGAAUCCGACACCAGGCUGCACACCACUGCACGAAACCCAGAUUAGCAGCUAAUAGUUUCAAUAACAUAACUGUUUAGCUGAACCGAUUGAAGAAAAAUAUAUUUGAAAAUGGGAUUCCCUGUAAAUACAUUUCAUACGCCUUAAAUGGUAUCAACGUACCUAUAACCGUUUAUGUUUUGAAUGGAUUGGUUAGAAAGGGGAAGGGGGAGGGUGUAAAAAUUAAAACCUAUGGGUAAGAUUUAAUGGACAUAGUCACUUGUCUGCAGCAUUAAAGUUACAAAUCUAUUCCUUGUAAUGUUAGAAAUUUGAGGCUGACGUGUGCAUCCGAAUUAGAGAAAAAGGCGGCUGCUUAGGGGUAUGAGGAGGGAUAGAGAAGCUACGAAAUACCCCCUCGCGGUAUUCAUGUUAUAUUUCUUAUUCGUAGAAGGAAACAUGUUUUUAAAAACAUGUUAACAUUAGUAGCAUUAAAUGCAACGUAGUAUUUUAGUUGUGGUUGCCGUCUCAUAUUGUAUUCAUACAAAUAACAAUCUGUUUAUCCCACUAAAUCUGUCUAGCGGUAAACUAGAGUAAGAGCUUUCAUUCUUAAAAAAAUAAAUAAAGUCACACUUGUCUACAAGGUA